UUAUAAUCAAUUUUUUUUUUCCUCCAUUAAAAAAAAAAAAACAAGCGCCGGAAAAUUGAACAAUCUACAAAAUGCCUUAUUACGGAGACGGAAGCUCAUAUUAUUAUGGGACCUUCGCCAAUCACAGCUCCCUGAUGACAGGCACCGGGCGUCCCUUUAACGUCUCAUUGGCGAGAUUUUCUCCUCAUCUAUCGACAAUAUCAGAAUCGCCAUUAAGUAAUUUACGAAGAUAUUCACCUGUUACAAUAACCCGACGACCUCGACGAACCAUUGACACGGCCGAUAUUGAUGUGUCAACGCCAAGAACAUUAACUCACGAGAGUUCUCGACACAAUCUUCGUAGAGACAGGCCAACAAUAAAAAUUAGAUCCCAAGCAUUAAAGGAUAAUCCAGCAUUGCGUGAGCAUUAUGAGAAACAUGAAAAAAAUGUUGGCGAAAUGUUGGUUGAAAAAUUUCUCAUCAAGGAGAAAAAAUAUGAUCGUGACAAUAAUAUUGGUAAUCUUCAUUUAAAUCAACAACAAACAAUUAUCAAUAAUGAUUCAACAAAAAAUGAUCUCACUGAAGCUAUACAAAGAAGAGUUACACGAAGAUUCACUCGAAGAAGAUCAUCAGCUGAUGUGCAAUUAAAUUCCGAACAAUUGGAACGUGAACUUGCUUAUGCUCAGGUACAAGCUGAAGUUUUGGAUACUUUGGUUGCUGAGGAGCAAGCCGAAAUGGAAGUUGAGGCACGAAAAGCAUUCGCCAAGAAGAAAACCCAUCGAUCAACUCAUAAUCUUCCCCAAGUGGAGAUUAUUCAAACCAAUGAAAUGGUUUUCGACAACGACGACGAAGAGCUGUCUCGAAUUCGAAAGAAAGUGAAGAAGAAGAAAAAGCACUUACCAACGAGUCAGGAUCAACAAGUUUUCGUUCAAUCAUUAACAGAGGACUCGGAUUGUAAAUCAGAGAACAAGGAUGAUGACGAUAAGCCAAUACAAAAAUUCAAAGUCGAAGCAUGUAAUAGUGUUGGUGAUUUUUCGACACUUUGGAUUAAAACAUCAUCGGAAGUUGAAGCAAAAUCAAUUGAACAAUUUAGAGAAAGUGUUCGACUUCCAGCACCUACAAGACUACCAGUCAGCAAUUUAGAAACCGAGACCAAAAUUGUCUUGCCGAUUCCAAAGACUUAUGUUAAAGACAAUUCCAGAAACAGCGUUUAUUUAACGGUGAAAAAAACUGAUGAGAAUUCAUCACGAGGAUUUAAUCAGUCCAAGAUGUCGAACGAUACUGGCGUAACGAUCGAUGAACUUGCCAAGAUUGAUUCUAAAGAUAUCGUCGAUGAUACUUCACUAGAGGUCAAAAACAUUUCUGAUACCUUGGCCGUCAGUCUUACUCCUAAGGUGCGGAAGUCUCUUAAUGCGGAUGCAAAAAAUGAUUUCCUCAAUAAUGACGUUCAAGAAAUGAAAAAUAAUUUUGAUAAAACAUGUCUUGUGAUCAUUGAUAAGACUGAUAAUUCUCAAUCAGAGAAAAAAAUUGAAACUGAAAAUAUCAAAGAAGAAAUAAUUGUUGACGAACAGAAAUCAAAAACAAUUAAAAAAUCAAAAUUGGGGAAAAAAAUCGAAAAGAAUGAAAAAUCAUUAGAAUUAGAAGUUUCAUCGAAAGAUAAAUUAUUCUCUAAAGAGAACACACCUAGAUUAGAGUCGCCAAUUAGGGCGAAGCUCGCCUCUAAAGAUAGCUCAUUAAAAAGUCACCCAGAGGGGGUGUCAUCACUAUCGAACGAAAUACCAACCGAUGGAAUAAAAUCACCAGAGCUUUCAACGAAUGACACAUCAUUCUCAAAUGAGAAGACACAAGUAUUGGAGUCAUUAAUUACAAUAAAUCUCGAAACACCGGAAAAAUUCAGUCCAUUGGCUUCUAAUGAAAUUUCAUCAAAAUCGUCCGAUCGAGUGAAAAAAUACAAAUCCAAGGAGAAAGUAUCAAAAAAAGAAAUUGAAAAAAUUUUACCAAAAAAAAUCGAGGAAGUGACAUCAACAAAUGAAUUUUCAAUUAAUCAUGAAAAUUCCCAAGACAGUGAAGUGAAUUCGGAAAUUGAUUUCUGGAGUGAAAUCAAAUCCGAAAAAAAAAUGGCAGAAAAGUCUGAAGCAAAAGUAGCAGUGAAAAAAGAAGAAAUUAUGAAUAAUAUCGAGGAAAAUGGAAUAAAAUUAAAUGGUAUUGAUAAAAAAUUAGAACCAUUGGAUUUAAGUCGUAUUCGUGAAUCAAUGAAAUCAUUUGAAAGUCCAUCGCUUCCCACCUCUGGUAUCUCAACACCAUUAUCGGAGAUAUCGCAAACAAAUUUUUCCUCUGAAGGAUUGAGCCUCUUGUCAACGGACACGUCAAUUAUUGAUGAGGACGAUGGCUUGGCAACGCCAACAAAUGAAUCCAUCACUACAAUGAGUAAGUGGAACAAACAAGAUAAUCUUUCAAAUUUAACAGAUUUGGAAAAAGAUUUAUCAACUUUACCAAUGAAAAAAAUAAUUAACAGUACAACAAGCAGUCCUGCCGAUUCAAAGAAGAAGAAGAAAAAAAUUAUUAAACGUAAAAAAUCCAAAUCUGAUAAAAAUGAUGUUGACAGUGUUAAAAGUUCAACGAAAUUAUCAAAGAAAAAAGGAUUCACACCUGAUUCAACGAUGAAAAUGUCAAAUGCACGUUCAUCGCCUCGUGAUGCACCAUGUCGUCCAUCGGAUUUAAUGAGAAUAUUUUAUACAACACCAAGACAAUUAAUGACAGCAACACCAAGAGAUUUGCGUAAAGUGAGACGAGCUAAAGUUAAAAAACGAAAACCACCACCGAGAAAUGCUUCACUUAGCAGUGAUAGUACUGGAAGUACAACAAGUACACAAAGUACAAAUACAAGUACAGAAGAGGGAUGCAAUUCAAUGGAUGAAUUGGAACAAAAAAGAAUGGCUUCAACACGAAGCAAUGAUUCUGGAUUUGACGGCUCGCCAAGACUCUCGAUCCCAUCACAAUCGUUAGAAAAUCAUACUUCUGAUAAUUUUCACACGAGUGGACGAAUUACACCGCCAGCUACAAAUUUGCCAAGGUUUAAAAAAUACGCGGUAACAGAUUUCAAUUUCUUAAAGGUUUUAGGGAAAGGAAGUUUUGGAAAAGUAUUGUUGGCGGAAUUACGUGGAACCGAAUGUAUCUACGCGGUAAAAUGUUUAAAAAAGGAUGUGGUCCUUGAGGAUGACGACGUGGAAUGUACUCUAAUUGAGAGAAAAGUACUGACAUUAGCAACAAGGCAUCCAUAUUUAUGUCAUUUAUUCUGUACCUUUCAAACAGAAUCACAUCUUUUUUUUGUUAUGGAAUAUCUUAAUGGUGGCGAUUUAAUGUUUCACAUUCAAAAAUCAGGUAGAUUCUCAGAAGCGAGAGCACGAUUUUAUGCAGCUGAAAUUUGGUCAGGACUUAAUUUUUUGCACAAAAAAGGAAUUGUAUAUCGAGAUUUAAAACUCGAUAAUGUUUUACUUGAUUUUGAAGGUCACAUAAGAAUUGCCGAUUUUGGAAUGUGUAAACUUCAAAUUUUCUUGGACAGAACUGCCGAUACAUUCUGUGGAACACCUGACUACAUGGCGCCUGAAAUAAUAAAGGGUUUAAAGUACAAUCAAGCCGUGGACUGGUGGUCAUUUGGUGUUCUUCUUUAUGAAAUGCUUACGGGACAAUCGCCUUUUUCUGGCUGUGAUGAAGAAGAAUUAUUUUGGAGUAUAUGUAAUGAGAGGCCUUUUAUUCCUCGAUAUUUGUCACAAGAUUCAACGAGCAUGUUAAUAUGCUUAUUAGAAAAAGAUUCCGGUAAACGAUUACCAGCUCAUGAAAUUGCCGUUCAUCCAUUCUUUCAGAGCAUAGUAUGGGAUAAAUUGGAACGAAGACAAUUGGAAGCACCUUUUAAACCAGCGGUGGAGCAUACUCUUGAUACGAGAUACUUUGACACAGCGUUCACGGCAGAACGACCGCGACUCACAGCUGUUCCAGAGGACAUCCUGACUUCGAUGGAUCAGAAUGUGUUCAGAGGAUUUUCUUACACAAAUCCAAACGCCACAGACUGAAAAUCGAAUUUAACAAAUUAUUAAAAAAAAACAUAUAUAUAUUUAAAUUAUUGAUUGUAUAGUUUCGGAUAUUUUAUAUCUUGAUUUCUAUUGAAUUCAAGAAAUUCAUUUUAUAAAAAAAAGAGACUAUUAUAAUUGUAAAACGAAAAUUUCUCUAUUUAAUAAUAUUUAGCAUUGAUUAUAAUUUAAUUCAAAAGGAGUACAAGGAUUUUUCAAAAUUAAACCAAUUAUAUCAAAUUUUUUAAAAAGGAAUUUAAAAAAUCAAAUUUAAAACUACAUUUGUUAAUAUAAUUUUUCUAGUUGAUAGAAAAUUUUCUGAAUUAAUUUGGUAAAUAUAUAAUUUUGUUUCAUAUACAGAGUUUCUAAACAAAGAAAAGUCGCAAUAAGAUUCGGUAAAAAAAAUUUUCGAAAAAUUUACUUUACCCGAAUUCUAAUAAAUUUGAAAAGAUCUUUGAACUCAAAUAGAAAUCAUUUUCUAACGAAUUUCCAAUGUUAAAAUCUAUUUAUUUAUAUUCUUCCGAAUGGAAAAUAAAUUUGAAAUCAAAUGAAUGAAUGGACUGGCAACUUUUAUACAAUGUUAUUUUUUAUAAAAUUGUUGCUUUUUCGUUCAGCCUCGAACGUGAUCGAAAUUUCACGUUGUUUUUUUUUUUCAAGUAUGUAUGCCGCGAUUUUUGAAUGAAUGAAUUUAGAACUAUUAAUAUAAGUUUUAUGAUGCGAUAGUUUUUCGAAGAAUAAUUGUACAGAAUUUUGUAUUCAAAAUAAAUCGUUGAAUAUAGUAAA